UGAGGACACACCCCGCUACUCUUCCCGUCCUGCAGCUAGAAUUGCUGUAUGGCUCCUUCCUCCUUAAGUCCCGCCCCUUCCGCUACCCCCUCUGGAGAAGAACCGGUAGUCGGAGGAGAGCAGGCGAGCUUCCACGCGGCAUCGGAGGAGGAGCGGAAGUAGUCCGAUUUCACGAAGCCGUAAGGCGCACUGGCUGUCUCGCCUUCCGGUUCACGACAACGGCUUCAACCGUCCGAUCCGGACUAGCUCGAGCGCCGGGAUCUGCCGGACACUUGGUGGUUCAACUUCUUUCUGAUUCCGGCCCUUUCACCCGGGAUCAUGUUCAAGAAGUUUGAUGAAAAGGAGGAUGUGUCCAGUUUCAUCCAGCUGAAAACCUCGGUUAUUAAGGGGAUUAAGAACCAACUGAUAGAGCAGUUUUCAGGUAUUGAACCAUGGCUUAACCAAAUUAUGCCUAAGAAGGAAUCUGUCAAAAUAGUUCGAUGCCACGAACAUACAGAAAUCAUUACAGUAAAUGGAGAAUUACUUUUUUUUAGACGAAGGAAGGGGCCUUUUUAUCCAACCCUAAGGUUACUUCACAAAUAUCCUUUUAUCCUGCCACACCAGCAGGUGGAUAAAGGAGCCAUCACAUUUGUACUCAGUGGAGCAAAUAUCAUGUGUCCAGGUUUAACUUCUCCUGGAGCUAAGCUUUAUCCUGCAGCAGUAAACACAAUUGUUGCAGUCAUGGCAGAAGGAAAACAGCAUGCGCUGUGUGUUGGAGUCAUGAAGAUGUCUGCAGAAGAUAUCGAGAAAGUCAACAAAGGAAUUGGCAUUGAGAAUAUACAUUAUUUAAAUGAUGGGCUGUGGCACAUGAAGACGUAUAAGUGAGCCUCAGAAGGAAUGAACUUGGCCUAAAUAUGGAUAUUGUGUUGUAUGUGUGUUUGUAUCUGUGUGUGACAGUAUGAAGACAGUGCCAGUGUGGUUAUGCUGAGUAAACCAAACAGAUGCUUUAAAAAAAAAAAAAAUCAGGGUGCUGUUACCACAGAAGAGAAACAGAAACUAGAGGACAAGCAGCAAUCUGCCAUACUCUGGAUCUGAAAGGAGUGGCUGCAUUGUGACCCUGCACAAGCUCCACCAUCUCUCUGGGCUUCCACAUUAGGAAACUUGGGAGCGAUCAAGAAUUGGUCUGACAUUAGGAUUUCUACCCGAGGGCUCCCCUCAAGAGCAGCCUUAGGGACUCGACUCCUCCUGCCUUUUUGCAGGCCUCCAUCAUCACCUUUUUCUUCCCCCUAUGCUAGUGAGGUAGAGCUGCCAGCAACCUUCUUGAUUCCUUUCGUGGCAAAGUAGAAAGAUUCCAGAAUGAACUAGGACCUUACUAAAGACCUAGACUCAGAGGCAGCUGGCAUUGAUUGAGCACCCACUGUGUGCCAGGCACUGUGCUGAGUGCAUUGUAAGGACCAUCUGCUCACAGCAGCUCUGUGAGGGAGGUGCUGUUAUCCCUUUCUUACAGAUGAGGAAACUGAAGCUCAGAGAGGGAACUGCCUCCCCCAAGGUCACCCAGCUACAAGUGGCAGAGCCUAUGUUUCCAACACCAAAGACCACUUCCCACUGACCCUGUUCCAGGGUUGUAUUCUCUCUGGGCCUCCAUUCCCUCUUAUAGGAAAUUGGAAGGGUUAGGGUGGCUCCAGUGAGCUCUCCCCAUCCUGGAACUCCCACCAGUGUGGCGUGGCUGAGGCUGACCCUUCCCCUGCCCCCCAACCUGAGGGCAUCUGACA